UAGUAUGUGUGUGUAAUACCAAGUGACGGACGGGUGGUCAGAAACGCUUUCGAUUAGUUGUAAAAUGUAUUUUUCCUAUUAGACCUGCAUAUCUUCGUUUAAACAUUUAGUGAAUGGGUGGUACUGUCUAUAAAUUAAUUAUCUUUCGGUAAUAGCAAUGUUAUUUCGUGUUUCUAUAGUAAAAUAGUCUUGACAAUGUAAAAAAUCAGCAUGUGUCACCACUCAUCAACAAAUUUAUAGUCAAGCAGUGAACGGUCGUCAUGUGAGGAAGGUUAUGACUAGCAGUUGGAAAUCACUUAGUUUAGUUGGUGUUUGUGUAGUGGACUAGUGAUAUUUAUUUUUUGCCUGGUGGGAGUGAUAAAUUCGGUCUCAAAAUGGCGGACCUCGAGGCUGUACUGGCAGAUGUCAGCUAUUUGAUGGCAAUGGAAAAAUCAAAAUGCACCCCAGCAGCGAGAGCUAGCAAAAAAAUUGUCUUACCGGAUCCAAGUGUUCGAAGUGUGAUGCACAAAUAUAUGGAAAAGAAGAAUGAAGUAAAUUUUGACAAAAUAUUCAAUCAAGUCUUAGGUUAUUUAUUAUUUAAGGAAUUCUGUGAACAGACGUCAGACGAACCAGUGCCACAAUUAAAAUUUUAUGAAGAGAUAAAAUUAUAUGAAAAACAAGAAUGUAUAGAAGAGAGGCGGCGGAUCGCGAGAGACAUUUAUGACAAUUUUAUUAUGAAAGAACUAUUAGCACAUUCACACGAUUAUUCUAAAGAAUGCGUAGCGCAUGUACAGAAAUAUUUAAUGAAGCACGAAGUGCCACCAAAUUUAUUUGAGCCAUAUAUCGAAGAAAUAUUUCAACAUCUUCGAGGGGAACCGUUCAAAAAUUUUUUAGAAAGUGACAAAUACACAAGAUUUUGUCAGUGGAAAAAUUUAGAACUAAACAUUCAAUUAACAAUGAAUGACUUCAGUGUUCAUCGUAUCAUCGGUCGGGGAGGUUUUGGUGAGGUGUACGGAUGCCGGAAAGCGGACACAGGCAAGAUGUACGCAAUGAAGUGCCUCGAUAAGAAACGUAUCAAAAUGAAGCAGGGCGAGACACUCGCACUGAACGAGCGGAUCAUGCUCUCUCUAGUCAGUACCGGGGUGGACUGCCCAUUCAUCGUAUGCAUGACGUACGCUUUUCACACGCCGGACAAACUCUGUUUUAUACUGGACCUGAUGAACGGUGGUGAUCUACACUAUCAUCUGUCCCAGCAUGGCGUGUUCAACGAGGCUGAAAUGAAGUUCUAUGCCGCCGAAGUCAUUCUAGGCCUGGAGCACAUGCACAAGCGACACAUAGUAUAUCGAGAUCUCAAGCCGGCGAAUAUCUUAUUGGACGAACAUGGCCACGUGCGAAUAUCGGACCUCGGACUUGCCUGCGACUUUUCCAAGAAGAAACCACAUGCUAGCGUUGGUACUCACGGCUACAUGGCGCCCGAGGUUUUGUCUAAAGGCACCGGUUACGACUCAUCUGCUGACUGGUUCAGCUUUGGGUGUAUGCUGUACAAACUACUCAAGGGUCACUCUCCAUUCCGCCAGCAUAAGACGAAGGAUAAACACGAGAUCGACCGCAUGACGCUUACUAUGAAUGUGGAGUUGCCGGAGUCGUUCAGUCCGAGUUUGAAGAGUCUGCUCGAGGGUCUUUUGCAGAGGGACAUCAACAAGCGGUUGGGAUGCAAGGGACGAGGAGCGGACGAAGUGAAGGAGCACGUGUUCUUCGCGGGCAUCGAUUGGCAGCAGGUGUACCAUCAGAAGUACACGCCGCCGUUGAUACCGCCGCGGGGUGAGGUAAAUGCUGCGGACGCGUUCGAUAUCGGUAGCUUCGACGAGGAGGAUACUAAGGGCAUCAAGCUCACUGAAGCAGACCAGAUGCAAUAUAAAGAUUUCCCGUUGGUGAUAUCUGAACGUUGGCAAUCGGAGGUGGCAGAGACUGUGUUCGAAACUAUAAACCAGGAGGCUGACAAGAUGGAACAAAAGAAGAAGGCUAAACAGAAGCAGAAAUUCGAUGCUGACGAAAAAGAAUCAGAUUGCAUAUUACAUGGUUAUAUAAAGAAACUGGGCGGUCCGUUCGCCAGCGCGUGGCAGACACGCUACGCUAAGCUCUACCCGAAUCGCUUGGAACUUCACUUAGAGAACAGUGCAAAGCCCGAGAUGAUCUUACUAGAUACAGUUGAAGAAGUCUCCUCAGAUCUCGUGUCUGUCAAAGGCGAGCAAUGUAUCGUGCUGCGUACAAGGAAUGACACGAAAGUUGUGCUCACCAAUACGGACGAGAUCGGACUGAAAGAGUGGGCGAUAUCACUCCGAUCAGCACACAAGUGUUCCCAAGAGUUACUCGCGUCGAUGGCUAAGAAAGCGGGCAAGAUAUACGGAACGGACGGUGCCAAAGAGGGAGGCAUAGCGAGGCCUCCUCCCGCCGCCUCGCCCGCCCCCCCUCGAGCUCCAAACGGGGCCAACUAGCACGAGCUUCCCGCGCCCAACAAGGGCGCGAAGAUGUUCCGCCGCUCCAAGAGCGCCGCGCAACUCAUCAAGUGAGCGCCCGGCGGAACAUGACAGUGACAGUAACAGUGACGUGACAGUGUUAGUGUUCCCCCGGUGGUGACGUGUAUGUACUGCGUGUAGUGCGACCGCGCUCUCUCUCUACUCUACUAGAACUCGACGUGUCGACGUUCACGGUGCGGUGAUAGGUGAGUCAUGCCUACGGAUUUUUUCAAUUGUGGAUAAAUAAAUUUUGUAAUCGUUCGCACCGAUUGAAUUUUUGUAAUUAUCAAUGUGACGUUCUGGAUGUCGUAUUUAACUUUGUAGUAUGUAUUGUAAAAAUUAAUAACUUAUAAAUUGAGUAGUUAAGUAUAGCGAGUAUGUUUUAUGUGAUUGUGCAAUAGAUCAAAAUAAUAUAAUUAAAUAAAUACAUAUUUAAAAUGGUGAUGACAUCGGACCGGUUGAUUAAAAAUAUGAGAUGUAUCACGACUCGAAAGAUUGAAUUGUUUGUCGUGCAUAUUAUUAUAGAAGCUUCAAUUUAAUCGAUUUGUAAUGUAAAAUUUAGAAAUUCUAGCACUUUGGUUACACCUCUGACUAUUGCACACGAAAUAUAUUGAUAUAUUACAUUUGUUUUGUGUUGUCUCUGGUGGCUCUCUCGUGCUAUUAUAUGUUUCACAAUGGAAGAGUUCCUUUUGUAUUUAUAAAAUGAAUGGAUCAAAUAUAUUUACUUAUAUAAUAGUUUAUGGUACUUAAAUUAUAUAUCCACACAUUUUGUGUUCCAUAUUAUUACAAUAAUGUAUUAAUUGUUACAUAUAAUUAUGAUAGAAACCAAUGUAAGUAGAUCUAUAAAAAAAAUCUCUUCAUAUGAUACUUAGAGGCAAUACUUUUCUAACAACAUUAGGUGUGGUGAUUAAUAUAACAAUAGAUGUAAAGGCAAUAUUUAGAUAAAUUUUAAAAGCAUGUUCAAUGUCCAAGAAUUCACAUGAGAUUUUAUUUGAAUAUUUAUUCCAUAGGUGACUUAUUAUGGCAUGGCCAGAAUGACAUUUUGUAUGUUGUGUACAUUUAUAUUGUAAAUCAAUGCAAAUUUUAUUUGAGAUAUAAAAUCUUUGUGUCUGAUGCAGAUUUAGUUAAAUGUUUAUUAUAGUUGUACCGUUUGUUGCCAUGAUUUUUAAUAUUAUUAUUAUUUGUGUUCUAUUAUUGAUAAUAAUAAUAAUAAUGAAAUAUGUUGGGGCACGCUAAGCAACAUGAAAUCUUUCGAAGGACGUUACAGGGUGAGCCGUGGCGUUGUGUGUAUAUACAUAAUUUUACUCGUUAGAUUACUUUCUGAUACCUUUGAGCGUAGCAUAGUCGAAUGCAAUAGUUUAGACGUAAUUUGUAAUAUAAAUACGAUUAUUGAAUGAGUCGACAUUGUUAGCAAAAUACUUAUGAUGCCUAAAUUAGAUAAUAAUAAGAAUGGUGUUAGGUUGCUGCUCUGUCAAAUAUAAUUUAUAAGUUAUGAUUUCCUUUUAGAAUAUUUUCAUAUUCCUAGUUGAGGCAGUAAAGUAAGUAUGAUACAUACAGUACCUUGAUAUAUUGGAAUAUUGUCACGAUAACUAUUAGAUGCUAGUCAAUUGAAUUUUACUGCACUAAAGUCAUUGAUUUUUUAAUGAAAUUAAAAUUGUAAUGUAAUAGUUUGAGCAGUAUUAUAGGUUAGUUGUUUAUUUCUCGAUGAGAUCAUUCUAUCUAUUGUGAUAUACCUUUGUAAUGCGUAGAUGCAUUGGGUUAGUAUAUUGUCUUCUCUAUGAAAGGAGUUUUUAUUGUGAUUGUGUACUUAGAAUUUUUCAAUCACUUAAACAAUUGUAUUUGUUAAAAGAAAUCACAAAGUAUAUGCAACAGUGUAGGAUAUACUUAAGUAUUGUAGAUUGCAGUGAAACAGGCCAAAAAUCGCUUAAAACUUAGCAUUUCUAACUUUCAUUUUAUAUUUGACAAUCAUGUGGUUGGAAAUAUACAACAUUCCGGAAUGCCAAAUUAGCAUUAUGAUAGUGGUAAUAAAUGCAUUUAAAAAGAAUUUUAUUUACUUCUGUUUAUUCAUACGAUCACAAUGUAAUAUGGAUUAUUUAAAUUUAAGAUUUUUGAGUUGAAGUCACUCUAGGGCUGGCGUGGCUAGGUCUGCAUCAGACAAUGUGACAUACCUCCGUUAGAGAAUAUUUUUAUUGUGAACCUACAUUAUGUGUAGUAAAUUGUUUAUUUAAUC